ACCCCAGCCAUCCCCACUAACAUCAUUCAUAACCUAACGCUCUCUCUCUCUCUGUCUCUGCUUUUCCAGUUUCACGUUUGAAACAAAAUCCUCCAUCCACAACAUAAGAUAGAAUCAAUCGUGUGAUUGUGUUCCAAUUCGAAAUCAGGGUUGUUUGGUUGGUUGUGAUGUUGGUGAAGAAGCUCUGGAUCCGCAUCACAUGAAAACCAUGGUUUCCGAUGCCAACUCCAAGAUUUCCAUGCCUUCUUCUUCCCAUUCCAAAAUCCUCACUCUUCCCACCAUUCUCACUCUCGGCCGUGUCGCUGCAAUCCCUCUUCUCGUUGCCACCUUCUACAUGGAUGGUUGGCAAGGAACUGCUAUUACCACAACCGUUUUCACCGCCGCAGCAGUUACAGAUUGGCUUGAUGGCUUCAUUGCUCGCAAGAUGAAAUUAAAAUCAACAUUUGGUGCUUUUUUAGAUCCAGUAGCUGACAAGCUUAUGGUUGCUUCCACGUUGGUCUUAUUAUGUACUAGACCUUUGAAAGUUGCUCUGUUAGGACAAGCGCCGUGGCUCUUGAUUAUACCUUCAAUCACUAUAAUUGGUCGAGAGAUAACCAUGUCGGCACUCAGAGAAUGGGCUGCUUCUCAGAGUAGUAAGCUUCUAGAGGCUGUUGGCGUUAAUAAUUUGGGGAAAUGGAAAACAGCUACUCAGAUGAUCGCGUUAACCACCCUCCUCGCUACCCGUGACUGCAGUGGCGGAGGAGCUGCCAUUUUGGUAUACUUGGGUGUGGUCUUGCUUUAUAUUGCAGCAGGGCUUGCUAUAUGGUCGUUUGUAAUAUAUAUGACGAAAAUAUCGAAGGUGUUGCUGAGGUAGCGUGGUUGAUAGCUCUCUGGUUUCACAUAUAUACACUUCUUUGGUGGGUUUGAUUCUCAUGAUCAUUUCUUAUACACACAGUUAAGUUAGCGAUGCCAUGGUAGGGAGAUGCAGUCUUUGUGACAUAUAUCUGCAAUGUCCACCCUCCAGAACUCUGCACAGCAUCAUUCCUCCUAGUUUUUCAAAUUGUAUGCAGAAUUUUUUUCCCUUUGUUACCCCAGGUAAAGGAAUGAAGAAAAGAAAGCAAAGGAUGACACUCAGGAUUAAAUUGGAAGAAAUUAGUUUAUUAGUUUAUUAUUCACGGUUGAAGGAUGUAGCAGUAGAUAUCCCUUUUGGGGUCUAAUUCCUAACUAUAGUCUGGAGCCUUUGGAAGUCUGCCACCUGAUAAAUUUCACUACAGGAAAUAUUUUAUGGCUGUAGUUGACUCUUCAAUUAUUUUGUCUGUGCCACCUGAGAAAUUUCACUACAGGAAAUAUUUUAUGCUUGUAGUGGACUCUUAAAUUAUUUUUGUUCGUGUCA